AUGGGCUCCCGGCACUUCCCUGCCCGGACUGUGCUCUUUGAGAAGGAGUCCACUGGUGUCACAUACCGCGUGCCAGCCCUGCUCUACCUGCCCUGUGUGGCCAAGCUGCUGGCCUUUGCUGAGGAGCGGCUGAGCGCCGACGAUGCCCACGCCAACCUGCUGGUGCUGCGCCGUGGCACCGUCUAUGGCAGCUACGUGGAGUGGGAAGACAUGCGGGUGCUGGAGACGGCGGCACUGCAGCACCACCGCUCGAUGAACCCCUGCCCGCUCUAUGAUGAGUUCACCGGCACCCUCUUCCUCUUCUUCAUCACGGUGCUGGGCAGGACACCCGAAGCCUUCCAGAUUGUCACUGGGCAGAAUGUCACUCGCCUCUGCUGCGUCACCAGCGCCGAUCAGGGCCUGAGCUGGAGCAAAGCCACUGACCUGACGCAGCAGGUCAUCGGCAGGGCCAUCAAAGAGUGGGCCACCUUUGCGCUGGGCCCAGGGCAUGGGAUCCAGCUGCGCUCCGGCCGGCUGCUGGUGCCCGCCUACAGCUACCACAUCGACUGCAAGGAGUGCUUCGGGCAGCUCUGCAAGACCACCCCGCACUCUUUCGCCUUCUACAGUGACGACCACGGCCAGGGAUGGCGUUUUGGGGAGUUCAUCCCCAACCUGCAGACAGGAGAGUGCCAGCUGGUCUCGGUGGAUGAGGAGGAUGGCUCCAACGUCCUCUACUGCAAUGCCCGCAGCUCCCUGGGCUUCCGUGUCCAGGCACUGAGCACUGAUGACGGGGCUGUUUUCCAUGGGGGGCAGCUGGUCCCACGGCUGGUAGAGCCCCCACACGGCUGCCACGGCAGCAUCAUCGGCUUCCCCGCACCUUUGGUGUACGGCCCUCAGCCCCGCUCAGCUCUGCAGGCGCUCCCUGCCAUGGUUGCUGGCAGCAGGACUUCAACAGGACCUCGCAGCUGCGCCUCAUUCCAAGGGGAUCCCCAAGGCACUCCUGGGCCCUUCUUUCAAGCGCCGACAUGGGUGCUCUACUCACACCCCACCAGCUCCAUGUCGCGGGUCAAUAUGGGGGUCCACCUCAGCACCUUCCCCAGGGAUGCAGACAGCUGGACUGAGCCCUGGGUCAUCUACGAGGGCCCAAGCGCUUACUCAGACCUGGCUUACAUGGAGCUGCCCCACAGCCAGUUUCCCGUCUCUGGUGGCCCGGCCAUUGCUUUUGCCUGUCUUUAUGAGAAUGGGAAGCGCUCGCCCUAUGAGCAGAUCUCCUUCAGCAUGUUCACGCUGCACGACGUGCUCCAGAACAUCCCCCUGACGGCUGCAGUGCCCCACAGGAAGCGAAGGCGAAGGAGCUGUUGUGUCUGCUAG